AGGAGAAAGGAGAAACCACAACUGACAACACCGAACACUAGUUGGAGGCCCCCGAUUGAGGGGCAAAUAAAAAGAUAAACAUGAGUAACAUCGAGAAAGGCGACUUUGACAAGGAGGAGGAAUAUGCAGGAGUGUUUGAUUUUGAUAAGAAUAUCGGACAUAAUUCCGCUAUGAAAAGAGAAGUUAGUCUCCUGACACCAAUUGGGGGAGCAAUUGGGAUGUUUGGCCAUGCUCUGCAGAAUGCUUCAAGGAAAGUUCCAUAUUAUACUAGAAUGGGAACAGUGGGCAUUGGAAAGGCAUGUUUAAUCAUGUUUUUGUUGGAGUCAUGGAGGACAUGGAAUUACAAGAGAUACACAAGGCGACAUAAAUUUGUUGAAUUGUACUAUGAUGAGCAUAAAGAGGAUUUUCCACAUAUUGGUCCAGGUCCCAAAAAAUAUGGUGAAACCUUGUAUGACUGGAAUUGUUCCCGAUUUUAAAGAAAUAAACAUUAUAGAGGUGUUGAUUUUUAAAUUUCUGUGACAAGAAAUGAGAACAUUUGAGUGCUUAUAAUCUUAUUUUGAAUUUGUUCACCACUUAAAGAGAUUCAGUAAUCUCAUUUUAAAAUGUGAACAGAUAAGGUUAUUGACUUUAAAAGAAUAUCAAAAAUAGAUUUAACAUUAUUUUUUAUGUAUAUACAUUUAUACAUGAUUGUAUGUCCUAUCCAGUCAUGUUUUAAAUAAAUAAAUGAAACAUGAGAAAUUGUUUAGUUAGUAAUGAGAUUGUACAAUGUACAAUAAAACCUGCUUACCUGUAUAAGAAAUUCCUUUGCAUGUGCAGAUGUUGUUCCUUUGCAUGCAGAGAUGUUUUUUUCUUUUUUAAAAAGCCAGUGUUCUACUAUAGAUCACUUUUAAUAUUUUUGCAACAGCUUAUUUUCUCGAGAUAGUCAUGGGCUUUUGAUAAGUGAAAUAAAAUUUUCACGAAUUGCUCUUUAUAUAAAUCUUAAGGAAUACUAUUAUUAUAAGCGAGAGUUAAAUUUUUAUGAGUACAUUGUGACUCGUGUAAUUACUCAAAAAUAAAGUUCUCACAAAUAAAAAGUGAUUUAACGUA